CCCCGUACGUGCCACCCUCACCCUUUGGUCCUCCUUGCCCCUAUUUUUUUUUCGAAGCAGCUGGACACUUGGCCCGCCGCACGGAAAAGCGAGAGAGAGAGAGGAAAACAAUGGAGAAAAAAAAGCACAGCAGGAUGUAUGAUUUCCACCAAGCCCAACAACUCGGACGCUUGCUAUUUGUCGUGGGCGCGGCUUCCUGUACAGCAGCAAGUGAGCCAUGGAGUGCCCGCCACCACCGGCCGACCACGGCUCGGGCCAGCGUCGACGCGGCUUCUGCUCGGCGAGAGGAGGAACCGCCGCUCCCCCCGCCGUUUCUGCUUGGCUCGCGAACGGCCAGCAGGGAUGACGGAAAUCAUGCGCAGCAAUCAUCCACAGGAGUAGUUGCAGCGAGUCUACGGUUGUCGCCCUUCUCGCCAAAGCUCCUAGCUUCUCUGCUGCUGUCCCUGAGGGGGGGGGCAGGCAGCAGCCCAGGAGACCCACCGAAAGCAGCGGCCAGGCUUGGGAGAGAAAGACGGGCGGGUGGUGGCCGCGCAGGCUCUGGUAGUGACGGUGGCAAGGAAGACGACUCGGAAGACGACUUGGAGGCCCUCCUUCGUUCCGUGGGGAACGCCGACGACCCAGAUGAGUCUCCGCUCGACCUCGAAGGUCUGUCCGAUCUCGGCGACUUCAGCGGUCUCGGCCGGCUCGACUUCUCCUCCGGCAAGGACGAUGGUUCCGAUGACGGGUCCCAGAUGGAGCGGGUAGUUGGGAGGCAGGGCGAGGGUCUGGAGAACGAGGGGUCGGGUGCCGACGUGCGGGAGGUAGGUGACGACGAGGAAGAGGAGAUCGUGACUGCGGCAGCAGGGUGGGUAGACGGCCCGACGAGCGAUGACGAGGCCACCGGGCAAGGGGAGGAAGAGGAUGAGGACGAGGACGAAGACGAUGAGGAAGAGGAGAGCGGUGGUGCGGGGGAUCAACCUGACUACAGCGCCAGCGGCGGUGGCAGCAGCAGCAGUAGCAGCGGAGACGGAAGCUGCAGGGACAACGCGGAUGUCAUGGAGGAGAACGACGGCCACCAACUACCCGACAGCGUCGGAAGUCGCAGCUCUACUGACAGCAGAAGCGGGACUGCAGCAUCGAAGGACGAAGGGGAACGGCGGGAAGGUAGCAGCGCGGUGUCGCCGGCAGUGGGAGCCGAAAUGCCUGUCGAGAACAACAAGGACGACCAGUCGUCCUCCUUGUCGGACGCCGGGGAUACCGCCGCGGCGGGCGGGGCGAAACGGGGGCACGGCGGAGGGGACGUCGUGGGGAAGGGGGAGGAGGGGAGUGACGAUGAGUCCGUGGGGGCGAACGGCGGGAGCAUCGAGAGUGACGGCAAUGACGGAGGCGGUUAUGUCGUCGACGGUGGCGCGAAGGGCUCGGUCGAUAUGGACGGCGAGGGUGACGGAAGCGGCGGCGGCGGUUCCAGUGCCGGCGGCCGGAGUGACGCGGACAACGUAACGGAAGGUGGAAUAGAGAGCGGGGAUGUUGAAGGGGAGGGACGUGGGGGUAGCGAGGAUACCCGGAGCGGGGCGCGCCGUCUUGCCGGUGGGCGAGGGCCGGCUAGUGCAGGAAGCGAAGACGGCGUGGACGAGAGCGUGGAGGGCGAUGGUGACGACGGCGACGUGGAGAGCGGCAGUAGCGCUGCUGAUGCCACUGCGGGCGAGACAGAUAGCGAAGGUGGCGGGGGAGCAGAGAGCGGGGACGGCAGUGAUGACGAUGAGGCGGAGCAAGAAGAGCGUGCGGUUGGUGCGACGGCCCUAGGAAGCGGGAGCGAUGACACGGACUGGAGUGGCGGGGAUGACAACCGGGCGGGCGAAGCCGAGGAGAGGCUUAAGGGGGAGGAGGAGGAGGAGGAGGAGGAGGAG